AAACUGCAAUAUAAUAAUUAUUAUUUAGUAUAAAAACAUUUAAUUUUAUAACAUAAAUAUAAAAAUGGACAGUCAAAACCACCUGGACACUAUUGAUACGAGUAUGGAUAUUAAAGAGGUUCAUUCAAUUUGGCUUAAAAACCAGUUUAGAUCCGCAGAUAACGACAUUAACCACAAACUGAGCAGGGAUGAAAUAAUGUGUGUAUUGAAUCACAUGAAUCUAUCAAUAACUGAGAAGCAAGCAAUGACCCUGUUUGAUGCGGCUCAUAAUAGGAAGCAUCAAAUGAAUUUAAAAGGCAUGGGUGCCGGUGAUGUCCACUUGGAUGCCUGUUGUCUCGAUGAGGAGGCUUUCCUCGACUUUUAUGAAUUACUUUAUAAAAGGCCAGAAUUGGAUCAACUCUUUCGAAAAAACUCAGUCAACGGUACCGAUGUUAUGGGUCCUCAAGAGUUGCAAAAGUUUUUGGUCACAAACCAAAAGAUGACCAAAAUUAGUUUAGAUGAUUGUAAGGCAUAUAUACAGCGAUUUGAACCUCAAGACACACUGUACCCUGGAUUUAUGUCCAUUAAAGGUUUUUACAAUUUAUUCCGAUCACAAGAAUUUGAUAUAUUUAACAAAACUCAUAAUACUGUCUGUGAGGACAUGUCUCACCCCUUAUCGGAAUAUUAUAUCUCCUCAUCUCAUAAUACUUAUCUAUUGGGAGGUCAAUUAGCCGGCACAAGUAGUGUAGAGGGCUAUCGGUUGGCACUGCUCAGUGGGUGUCGUUGUGUGGAACUGGAUGUCUGCGAUGGUAGAGAUGGUGAGCCUAUUGUUACCCAUCUCUACACACUGACCACUAAAAUACCGUUACUCGACGUAUUGGUCACUAUAAGGGAAUAUGCGUUCAAAACGAGNACACUGACCACUAAAAUACCGUUACUCGACGUAUUGGUCACUAUAAGGGAAUAUGCGUUCAAAACGAGUAAAUACCCGCUUAUACUAUCACUGGAAAACAAUUGCUCCGUUGAUCAACAAAUAAAAACGGCCAUGCUUAUCAGGGAUGUUUUGAAAGACUAUCUAUAUGUGGACCCGGUAGACACCAGUAGUGGCAUACUGGGGCUCAAUAAAAAACAUUUGCCAUCUCCCGAGGCAUUAGAGUACAAAAUCCUAUUAAAAGGCAAAAAAUUGAUAAAAUGUGACACAAAAGAGAUGUCGCGAUCGGAUUCACUGAACAAUUGGGUCGCGAGUGAUACGGAAUCGGAUGACUCGGAUGGGGAACUGGAGGUUGUGCUCAGCGAAACUGAGACUAAAAGCAUCGAGUAUUUAGACAAACCCGAGCCCAUACAGAUCCCGGACUGCGAUAACAUGCAAAAUAUGGGCGCAUGUAUGAGCGUAAGCAAGGACAAAUUAACAUAUGAAUUGGCGAAACAGUUGUCAGAUUUGGCGACAAAAUCAUUAAACUUGAUUAAAAGCGAUGCUAACAAAUACGCCAAGUUCACUAAAACUCAUCUAGUUCGUGUGUACCCACGAGGUAGGAAAGUGCUGUCUGGUAAUUACGAUCCCAUUCCCCACUGGAAUACCGGCGCACAGUUAGUGGCCCUCAACUACCAGACCUACGAUACGCCUAUGAUUUUCAACAAAGCCUUGUUUGCGUUGAACGGCAAAUGUGGUUAUGUAUUGAAACCCAAGUAUUUGCGGAAAGGCAUGCUAUACGGCAUGAGUGACAUGAAACCUAAACAGGUUAAAAUGACAAUCAUUAGUGGACAGCAUAUUCCCAAACCGGGCAAUACAUUUGAGGGCAAAGUCAUCGACCCAUAUGUUAAGCUCAGAGUAUACGGCCAUUCGGCCGAUUGGUACGAGUUUACGUCAAAUGUGGUUAAGAGUAAUGGUUUUAACCCAAUUUGGGAGCAAACGUGUGAAUUCACUGUAAGGAUGCCGGAGUUGGCCAUUAUUUACAUUGCGGUUAAGGAUCACUUGACUAUUGGCAAAAAUGUGCUACUUGGCAGGUAUGCCGUACCAUUCAGGGCCAUUAUGCCAGGCUACCGUACCAUACGGUUGAUGGACAGUGAGAGUCGCAUAAUAGGUGUGUCCACUCUAUUGUGCCGCUAUUUCGACGGAAAGGAUGACUUGAAUCCCGAAGCGGUCGCAUUGUUAGCUCAAAAACUGGCAAAAUUGCAUUCACUAGACCUACCGAUCCCUAAAACUAGUAAAGAUAUGCUACAAAUGUUGACCGACUUUUUCGACCCACCACUACAAGAGUCAUAUCUCGAGGGUUAUGUCCACAAUCAGAUCCAGAAUCUACAGACAUUUUCGACAGUAAACCUAAUCGACGAACUCCAGUGGCUCACGAGGACUGUGCCACAAGUGGACAGUCCUGUCGUCAUGUCUCACAACGACCUGAACCGACGAAAUAUAUUAAUCAAAACGGAGACAAAUAAUAACGUAUCGGACGUUAAGGACAUGUAUUUCAUAGACUUUGACUUCUCGGGCUACGCCUCCCGGGGCGUAGACCUGGGUAACUAUUUCAGUUGUUGGGCUCAGGCAGAUAUCGUAGGCUUUGACUCCGGGCCCUUUCCCACUGACCACCAAAUGUUGGCUUUCAUCGACGCCUACAUCUCGGAAAUGAGUCGACUUUCCGGCGAUUCUUAUGCUAAACAUGCGAUCAAUUCAAGGGAUUCACUCAUAAAAGAGUGCAAAAUGUAUGCAUUAAUUGCUUUCUAUAAAGACGUUUUGUAUUGUGUUUGGGAGACUAACCUAAACAAGAGGACAGACCUCAUGAUAAAGGCUGAAAAACGACUUCAAUGUUAUAUUGCGCUUAAGAAUAGAGUGGUUAAAGAAUAUUCUUUAGUCAUAUAA